AUCACAACACAGCCUCAUGGAGGAUCGAGUCUUCGUAUCCCCGAGGCUUUCGCGGACGACAAAGGCAUCUUCACGGCCGUGGCUACCAACCCGGUCGGAGAGGCGAAAACAUCAACCAACCUCCUUGUCCGAGGGGAGUUGAGCGAACGAAGUUUCAUAUCCAGAUCCAUGCCUCCGUCGAGAACCAGGCCCAGCCAGGAAAGUCCUGUACUAGAGGCGGGCAUGGCUCCUGAGUUCACGCGGAUUUUCAGGGACACCAGCCUCGAUUCCGAGGUGACCGAAGAGAUCCGCUUGGACUGCUCAAUUAUAGGAAAUCCGACACCGACAGUCACUUGGAUGUUAUGCAAUCGGCCUAUUAGUGGUGACCAUAGGUUUUCCACUAUUUCUGGUCCCGAGCCGGAAAAGCACAGUUUAAUCAUUCACCGGCCCGGACCCGAUUGUGUCGGGUUGUAA